CACAAGAUUAAAAGUGAUUCAUGUGAGUGAGCGAGAUAAAUUGUCUGUUAAGCAGAUCAUGAAGAUGUUUAACGUCAGUAACACUCAAGUGUAUAAGAUUCUAAAGAAGAAAAUGGAAAUUUUGAAGCGGUGGGAAACUUGUGCUAAUGGAAAAAUAAAAAGAGAACUUAAGAAAACUGCAAACGGAGACGUUAAUGAAAUAGUGUGGGAGUGGUUUGUCAGUGUGAGGGCGAAAAAUCACCGGUUGUCGGGUCCUAUGGUACACAAAUAUGCUAAAAAAGUCGCUGAAAAACUGGGGAAGACUGAAUUCAAAGCAUCUAAUGGACAGUUGGAGAGUUUUCGCAAAAUGCAUCGGAUAGUUUUUAACGAACUUUGUGGCGAAUCAAGUGAUGUAAAUAGUGAGACCAUUGAGGCAUGGGAAGCUAAAUUGCCAUCCAUAAUCAAGGGGUAUGAACCUGAAUACAUAGCGAACAGUGAUGAGACUGGACUGUUCUUCCGCGCGCUUCUGAAUAAAUCGCUAUGUCUGAAAGGUGAAAAAUGUUUGGGAGGAAAACUGUGCAAAGAAAGAUUGACUGUUUUUCUAUGUGGUUUUAUGUCAGGUGAAAUGGAGAAAACCUUAGUGAUUGGCAAGGCAGCAAAGUCACGAUGCUUCCGAAACAUGGAUAUACAGAAACUUCCCGUUGAGUGGAGAUCCAAUAAAAAGGCAUGGAUGACAUCACAGAUCAUGGAGGAAUGGUUAACAGCCUUCAAUGGUAGAAUGAAAAUGCAAAACUGGCAUGUUUUGUUGUUCUUGGAUAAUGCAACAUGCCACCCCCAUAUCGAACUUUCCAAUGUGCGACUUGCUUGGUUCCCUCCAAACACCACUAGUGUUUCUCAACCAGUGGAUCAUGGCAUCAUUCGGAAUGUUAAGGUCCAUUAUCGUAAAUUAUUAAUGUAAUCUUUGCUCGUCAAUAUAGAUUCUACAUCAUCCGCCUCUGAACUUGCAAGAACUGUCUCGGUUCUAGAAGAGGAAAAUGACAUUGUGAUAGAAGAAGAAAAGUGUAGAGUGAAGACUUAUCAGGAUGCUGCCAACAGUUUAAAGAUACUGCAGGAGUUUGCCGUGCUACAGAAUGAUUCAGAUAUGCUUACUCUAUAUAAAUUUCGUCCUAAGUGCAACAAUUUAUUGUAGGUCUUUCGUUUUGCUUUCUUCCACACUACCUUUCGGCCACAAAUGGCCAUCAUCAGGUGUAUACACUCACGUAGCUGUUACACUGCACCCAGUUUAAAAUUUUAAAAACACA